AGAAUUUCCUUCUCAUCUUGAUGGACUCUUUGUGGGAAAAGUGAGGACCAAGACUCUGUUCCCGCCAAACUGUGCAGGAGCUGGACCAGUUUUCCCACCUGACUGCCACUGCCAUUCGUUUGCUCUCCUUGCUCUUCUGGGACAGAGGAGAGGGAGGGAAAGCUUGGCACUGUUUGUAACAGCAUCCUUAGGCAUAAGGAAGGAAGCUAAUUUUACUCCUGUUUUUUAGCAUUAUGAUAGUUUGGUUGCAUCUUUCCUCUUAGGGAAGAACGUUUUAGCUUUUGUUUUUACUUUUACAUUUCCUCUGUAUAGUAACUCCUGAAGCAAAAUGGGCUGCUGAAAAUGUCACUUGAUGGUUGUCGUUUCGUGCCUAGAAUAACAUUCAAGACCUUUGAGACUGUGAGUCACUAAGAUAGUAGUCUUAGGAGAAAAAAAUGUCAUGUCUUGUAUUCUUUUUUGUAUUUGUUCUAGAAUGGUUCCAGUUGAUGUUCUGUGCUUAUUUAAUUGGACAUACAUAGGACUGGGGAAGUAGCUCAGUAAUAGAGUGCUUGCCUUGCAUGUACAAGGCACUGAGGGAAAAAAUGAAUUGGACAUAUAUAAUCUAUUUCUUUCAUCAGUAGUGAUGCAAUGACAUUUUAUUUGCCAGCACCUUACAUCUCUACCUGUAAGCAGCACACUUUAUUUUCACAAGUGCAGUAAGUGUUGGAAGAAGGUCAAGGCUGAAGAGGAGAGGUGCUGGAAAGUCCAGCUGGAUUGCACACCAAUAACCAACCAACAAGCAAGCUGUGUGUACCUCUAGGGGUCCAGACCUACAUGGGGUCAAUCACAAGGCAGCCUUGAGUUUGUCCUCAGGGGUCCCCAGUGCCUAGUGUGUAGUAGAAUUUGGUAAGUACUUGUUGGAUGAUGAAGUCAGUAGCAUGACAGGUAGGGGAACGUGAGGAUGGUUCUGUGGAACAGUAGAAAGAGAAGUUAGCUAGGCUAGUACCUUCAAGGCCUCUUCUGGAGGGCUUAUUAGUUGUUACUAUUGUGGGACCCACCCACUAGUUCAGCAGUGGGUGAGAAUAUAUAUUUCUCUGAAGACCCCCCCCCCGAGAGGCAGCUAUUGCUGCUGGGUCAGGGCCACACUUUGAGAGACCCUCAGUGUAGGCUGAUGCCCUAGUUCUCCAGAUGAGAAGAGGUUUGGAGAAAUUGUUUUGCCUACUUGACAAAAUAAAUUAGUGCCUGAGCCAAUUCUAAAAGACAAACCUGGCCUCCCACUUCAGGUGGGGGAAAUAUUUCCCAGUGUCCCUAGACUGGCAAACUGCUAUGGUUGUGACCGUGAACCCAUUUCUUUCUGGGGAUUCAGUCCCAGACAACUGACAACCUAGGAUACAACAGGAGGACCAGAGGUGCUGUUUCAGGUAUUCCUUGAUCACACCUACACACAGGUAAGUACCCUUUGUAACUUGGUGGCACCAUCACCUCAUUGGGAAGAGGUUUGGUUAGGAGCUGAGAGAAGCCUUGUGAGUGCUUGGCAGCUGUGUCCCUGAGGUCAUCUCCUGUUUUGGAGAGCUUAGCCUGGCCCCAGGGAGCAGCCACCCACCAGAGGAUUCCAGACCACUGUGGUCGGUUUGGGGAUGGGGAGCAUUCUAGUAGACCCUCAUGUGCUCACACAAUCCCCUUUCUUUGUUGUGGGUGAGUGGGAAGAACCCCCUGUGGGCACUGGGCUUAGAGCAGGAGCUGUUCAGUUUGGGCAGAAGGAGAUUCUUGUGACCAUUUCUGGUCCACAGUUUUAUUUCCCUUCUAUUGUGCUGUCAGUGCUGCACCUCCCCAGCACCUGCUCACUCUACAGGUCAUGGUCACUGGCUGCGUUUGGGUGUCACGAAUAUGGCUGCAUGAGGUCUGCCGUGUAGCCUUUGUGCUCAGGCUGUUUCACAGACCUCUGACUUCUAAAACAGCAUCACCUGCAGGAUUGCAAAAGCAGAGGGUCACUAGAGUCAUUGGUCCCUAGGCUGGACUGGUGACACUGACUGUCAUCUGGGGCCCAGCCCCUUCCCUGCUCAGAGAGAAGGAUCCAGACACUAGUUUGUCAUCAAGUUAGCCCAGUAAAAUACUGAAAAGAGGACCAGAGGGUGGCCUGACAGUACUGGGUCCUCAGGGUACCGAGUGGGCUGAACACACAGACGCGAAGACUCGCAGCGUUCUCACCUCUCCUCCUUCACCAUGAAGCUGAUGGACAAAUUCCACUCUCCCAAAAUCAAGAGAACACCUUCAAAGAAGGGAAAGCCCACCGAGGGGUCUGUGAAGAUUCCAGAGAAGCCUGUGAACAAAGAGGCAAGAGACAGAUUUCUACCAGAGGGCUACCCUAUCCCCUUGGAUCUGGAGCAGCAGGCAGUAGAAUUUUUGUCCACCAGUGCUGUGGCUUCCAGGUCUCAGAGGCAGAAGAACCUGAGCUGGCUGGAAGAGAAAGAGAAGGAAGUUGUCAGUGCCUUGCGCUACUUUAAGACAAUUGUGGACAAAAUGGCUAUUGAUAAGAAGGUACUGGAGAUGCUUCCAGGGUCAGCCAGCAAGGUGCUAGAGGCCAUCUUACCCCUGGUGCAGACCGACCCUCGGAUCCAGCACAGCUCAGCCCUCUCAUCCUGCUACGGCCGAGUGUACCAAAGUCUUGCCAACCUGAUCCGUUGGUCUGACCAGGUGAUGCUUGAAGGUGUGAACUCAGAAGAUAAGGAGAUGGUGACGAUUGUGAAGGGAGUCAUCAAGGCUGUGCUGGAUGGAGUGAAGGAGCUGGUCAGGCUAACCAUUGAGAAGCAGGGACGGCCGUCUCCAACCAGCCCCGUGAAGCCCAGCUCCCCGGCAGGCAAGCCUGAUGGCCAGCCCGAGCUCCCCCUGACAGACCGAGAGAUGGAGAUUCUAAACAAGACGACAGGUGUGUCAACAUCCACCGAGCUGCUCCCAGACUCUACUGAUGAAGAGGUUGCACCCCCCAAACCCCCUUUACCUGGUAUCCGGGUGGUUGACAAUAGUCCACCAGCAUUGCCACCCAAGAAAAGGCAGUCGGCUCCAUCCCCCACCCGAGUGGCUGUGGUUGCCCCCAUGAGUCGAGCCACCAGUGGCUCCAGUUUGCCUGUGGGAAUCAACAGGCAGGAUUUUGACGUUGACUGUUACACACAGAGGCGCCUAUCUGGAGGCAGCCGCUCAUGUGGCGGAGAGUCACCCCGCCUGUCCCCCUGCAGCAGCACAGGCAAGCUCAGCCGGUCAGACGAGCAGCUGUCCUCCCUGGACAGGGAUAGCGGGCAGGGCUCCCGGAACACAAGCUGUGAAACACUAGAUCAUUACGACCCUGACUAUGAAUUCCUCCAGCAAGACCUCUCCAAUGCAGACCAGAUACCUCAGCAGGCGGCCUGUAACCUUAGCCCGUUGCCAGAGUCCUUGGGGGAGUCUGGGUCUCCAUUCCUUGGCCAUUCUUUCCAGCUGCCUCUUGGCAGCUACCCCCAGCCUGAGGGGCCCCUGGCCCCAGGACAGCAGACAGAUACCCCACCUGCUCUUCCUGAGAAGAAGCGAAGGAGUGCAGCUUCACAGACCACGGACAGCUCUGGCUGCAGGGCGUCCUACGAGCGGCACCCCUCUCAGUAUGACAACAUCUCCGAGGAAGAUCCGCAGAACCCUGUUCCAGGCCCACCCGGCCCCUACACACCCUUUGCUGCUAUCCUCCCCUUUCAAGGAGGCUCUUCAGCACCUGUUGAGUUCGUGGGUGACUUCACUGCUCCUGAAUCAGUGGGCGACCCAGAGAAGCCUCCACCUCUACCAGAGAAGAAAAACAAACACAUGCUGGCCUACAUGCAGCUGCUGGAGGACUACUCGGAGCCCCAGCCGUCCAUGUUCUACCAAACGCCGCAGAGUGAACACAUCUACCAGCAGAAGAACAAGAUGCUCAUGGAGGUCUACGGCUUCAGCGACUCUUUUGGCACUGCAGACUCCAUGCAGGAGCUGGCCCCGCCACCCGCCUUGCCUCCCAAGCAGCGGCAGCUGCAGGCCUCCUAUGCUGCUUCCUCCUUCUCCUCUGUCUCCUACUGUGUCCAGCAAACUAAAGUGGCCUUCACCCCCGAGGACAGCAGUGCCACUCAGGGCCUCAGUGUGUCCGUGUCUAACUCCUUUCUCAGCCGGCAUGGCAGCUUGCCUGUGCCCUCGUACAAAUCUGUGUUUAGGUCCUACUCCCAGGACUUCGUGCCUCACCACCAAGCUUCCGUCCAACCUUUCCUUCCGUCUACCUCCUCUUCCUCUCCACAUUUCCCACCUGUUCACCCGUCUCCAAGCUCGGACUUAGUGGUGCCCACCACAGCCAGUCCGCCUCCCAGCACCGUGGACGGGCCUCUUUCAUCUUCUCAGGAGAGCAGCUUUCAUGGGAGCCCUAUCUGCCUUCCUUCUGAAACCUCUUUCACUGACUCGGAACCAUCAACUGGGAAAGAUGGAAAUCCCAGAGAUCCCUCAGCUGGCAGCAGCAUACCUGGGAAGGACAGCCGAGAAGGUGGAGAGAGGGCCCCAAAGUCACCAGAUGCUCUGGAGUUGGCUCAGUCAGAAGAGGAAGUGGAUGAGCUGUCUCUCAUUGACCACAAUGAAAUUAUGGCCAGACUGACACUCAAGCAAGAGGGAGAUGAUGGGCCAGAUGUGCGCGGAGGGUCAGGGGACAUCUUACUGGUCCAUGCUACUGAGACAGAUAGAAAAGAUCUGGUGCUAUACUGCGAGGCCUUCCUGACCACCUACAGGACCUUCAUCAGCCCCGAGGAGCUCAUCAAGAAGCUGCAGUACCGAUACGAGAAGUUCUCUCCCUUUGCCGACACGUUCAAGAAGCGCGUCAGCAAGAACACAUUCUUCGUGUUGGUGCGGGUGGUGGAUGAGCUCUGCCUGGUGGAGUUGACAGAAGAGAUCUUGAAGCUGCUGAUGGAGCUGGUCUUCCGCCUGGUGUGCAGUGGAGAGCUUAGCCUGGCCCGUGUGCUCCGUAAGAACAUCUUGGACAAGGUGAACCAGAAGAAGUUGCUCAGGUGUGCCAACUCCGACCAGCCUCUGGCAGCCAGGGGCGUUGCAGCCAGGCCGGGGACCCUGCAUGACUUCCACAGCCACGAAAUAGCCGAGCAGCUGACACUGCUGGAUGCUGAGCUCUUCUAUAAGAUAGAGAUUCCUGAGGUUUUACUUUGGGCCAAAGAGCAGAACGAGGAGAAGAGCCCCAACCUGACCCAGUUCACAGAGCACUUCAACAACAUGUCCUACUGGGUCCGGUCCAUAAUCAUGCUGCAGGAGAAGGCCCAGGACAGGGAGCGGCUGCUCUUGAAGUUCAUCAAGAUUAUGAAGCACCUGCGGAAGCUGAAUAACUUCAACUCCUACCUGGCCAUCCUCUCAGCACUGGAUUCGGCACCCAUCCGCAGACUAGAGUGGCAGAGGCAGACCUCAGAGGGCCUGGCCGAGUACUGUACACUGAUUGACAGCUCAUCCUCCUUCCGAGCCUACCGGGCUGCACUCUCGGAGGUGGAGCCCCCGUGCAUCCCAUACCUGGGUCUGAUCCUGCAGGACCUGACCUUUGUUCAUCUAGGAAACCCAGACUACAUCGACGGGAAGGUGAACUUCUCCAAGCGGUGGCAGCAGUUCAACAUCCUGGACAGCAUGCGGUGCUUCCAACAGGCGCAUUACGACAUCCGGAGAAAUGACGACAUCAUAAACUUCUUCAAUGACUUCAGUGACCAUCUAGCCGAGGAGGCCCUAUGGGAACUCUCUCUGAAAAUUAAGCCCAGGAACAUCACAAGGAGAAAAACAGACCGGGAAGAGAAGACCUAGGAGCAGCACUUAAGCAUGAGGCAAACACUCAAGAGGCCCAGAGAGGACUUUGGACCGGCAGGCAGGCUGCAGUAUCCUGGCUUCACAGCCCAUCCAUGGGCCCGUCUGUACAGGCAGAGCCCGAGCCUUCUGGCAGCUCCCUGCCUCCCGCCCUGUGGCACAGCCCCAGGGCGCACAGCAAGCCAGCAGGCAGGCCUCAGUACUGACUUGUGAACCCUGGUCCCCUGGUCUGGUUUUGUUUUCUGCUUUCACUUCCACACUCCCUUCUGUUCUCCUACCCUCUCUCCUCCAGCCUGGGAGUGGGAGAGACCUCAACAGCAGACCAGAGUAGGGCAGACCCUGGCCCUCCCCAAGCUGGAGGCUCUCUGAGCCUCGCAAAGUGACAGAGGAGUGGAGGCCUGGUGAUCCACAGGUGACGCCUGGAGCCAGGGAGAUGUAGCUGAGGGACAGGAGGUGGG